GAUACUCGAUUCACCGUCGUUCAGCACGAAUCAGCAAUCAGUACGAAUAAUGCAUCAGCUCAGCGAACACGACAAGGCUGUCCUCAACAGCAUCUUCAAUCCUCUGACACCGUUGGGCGAAGGGGUAUUUUCUGAGGAAACAAAUACUGACGAUGAGACUGAAAAUUCGAAGGAAGAUGUUUUGAUACCAGAAAUUGCCGAGAUACACAAACGAGCGAUUCGCGAAACGGAAACCGGAAACCACGAUGAAGCUCUGAGGCUUUUCGCGGAGGCUUUGAAAAAAUCCGCAAACUCGGCAACGCUUCUGAACGACAGAGCUCAGUGUCUCAGAUUAGCGGGACUGGAUGAAGACGCAAUGAAGGAUUUAAACUUGGCUGUGGAGCUGAGCAACGGUCAAGGAAGAGCCGGUAUUCGCGCGCUUUGUCAAAGAGGAAUUUUGUUAAGGAAAAAUAAUAAAUUGGACGAAGCCAGAAGGGAUUUUUCGGAGGCUGCAAAAAGCGGUUCGAAAUUCGCCAAGAGUCAGCUGGUCGAGCUUAACCCGUACGCGGCUAUGUGUAAUCAGAUGCUCAGAGAAAUAACAACGAAAUUAAGCAAUCCUUGAGGAAUUCAUCGUACCGUUAAUGCAAAAUGAAUUUAUGGAUAAUCGUUCAAGAAUUUAAUUACGAUAUAUUAUGUUGUUAAAAAUAUCAAAUUAAACAGUCAAUUGACAUAAAUGUUAAUUUUCAAUCUGAUAAUUAGGGCAAGGUGGGGCAAAGUGGGCCCCUCAAAAAAAUAAUGUCUAAAAUCAGAAUAAAAUAUUUACAGUAAUUAUGAUUUCCGAAUAAUUCUUAUUAUUUUAAAAAUUUCAGGAGGCCCACUUUGCCCCCAAAUUUAUUGAGAUAAAAAAAAUUUUAGGGUGCCCACAUUGCCCCACUCUUCCUUACACAGUCAUUGGGAAACAAAAAUAAA